UCUUACUCUCAGGUUUAUGGCCACGGGAGAGAGUUUUCGUUCACUGGCGUUUCAAUUCAGAAUAUGCCCUAGCUGGGUAAGUAUUAUUAUAAAAGAGACAUUGCAAUCUAUUUGUUCAAAAAUGUUGAAUUCUUCAAUACCAUCACCUGACCAAGAUGUUUUAAAACGUUCUUCCAUUGGUUUUCAUCGCAAAUGGAACUAUCCCAACUGCUGUGGGUCGAUAGAUGGAAAACAUAUCCGAAUAAUCAAACCUAAACAUUCUGGAUCUCUGUUUUAUAAUUACAAAGACUAUUUCUCAGUUGUGUUACUUGCGCUUGUAGACGACAACUACAAGUUUUUAGCAAUAGAUGUUGGUUCCUAUGGAAAAGAAGGUGAUGCAGGCAUAUUUGCUAAAUCUGUCUUAGGACAAAGACUUUCAGAAGGAACAUUCAGAUUUCCUGAACCAGCUAUACUUCCUGGAACUGACACUCUAAUGCCACACGUUAUUUUGGGUGAUGAAGCUUUUCAGCUGACUUCCUCAGUAAUGCGUCCUUACCCAAGGGCACAAUCUAAAUGUGAUGAAGAAAAAGCAAUAUAUAAUUAUCGCCAUUGUAGAGCUAGACGUACGUGUGAAAACGCUUUUGGAAUACUUUGCCAAUAUUUUAGAGUAUUUUUCACUGCCAUCGCCAUCAAGCCUGACACAGUGGAUCUUCUGGUCAUCGCAUCAUGCAUAAUACAUAAUCAUCUAAGAUCUGCAAGAAUUCCAUGCCCGGGUGAAGAAGAGGACCGAAAUGUGUGUCUCCCUACUGAAAAUAUGAUACCCAUGGCAAGACAAGGACGUAAUUCUACUCAUCUUGCGUAUAGCAUACGAGACAAAUUUAAAAAUUACUUUUGCAGCCAAGAAGGACAAGUAAGCUGGCAAUUAUAUCAUGUGAGGAAAACAAGUUAAAAAGUAUUUUUCACGUGAAGAAAGGGUAAAUGCAAAUGUUAUUCUUUUCUUAAAAAAAAAAAUUCUCUUUGUGCUAUAGUAAUGCUGUGUAUUUUUGUAUUUGAGUGUAAAAUUUGUAAAUAUUAUGUCAAAAUAGAUAAUUUAUUAGCAAAUGUGCCAUUAUCCUUAGUAUUGACAUAAAAUUAAGUAACUAUAAAUAGGAAAACAUAUGAUUAUAAACUUCAAAAAACAUAAUUUUUGUUGUGCAUUUAGAAGAAUAAGACAUAAUAUUAUCAAACUUAAAAAAAGAUAGAAAACAAUUUAUUGUGAUAACUUGCCCUAGGCUCACCUACUACUUCAAAAUGGAACAUAUUUUAUUUCCACAUUUCCUGGUGCACACCGACGUAAAUUAUUUUUGGUUUAGUUUAAACACUGCAUAAAAUAUUUUUUAAACUUGGCCUAUUUUUAAAUAAGUAACAACUAUAUAGAACCGUAAGUUGUUUUUUUUAAUGCAGUAAGAACUUUUUUUAAGACCACGUUUUAUGAGCCUUAGUAUUUAUUUUAUUAUUAACACAGAUAUUAAAAUCUCUACUUACCACCUUUGUUUAAAGAAGCUGCAAUUUCCUUCCACACAUUUUCUCGAACAAUACUGUCUUUGUACUUGCAGUGAUGCAAAUCAUAUAACACACGAUGCUCCCUUACUAAAUCAAUCAAUUUCUCGUCCUGUUCUGCAGUAAAACUCUUUGACUCCAUGAUAAAUCGCAUGCGUGAUCACGCUGAAGUCGGGGGCCAGGCAACUGCUGCGCGAUGCCCAUCCGCGACACGCAGCCGUGGCGAGCGGGAAACCCCCGCUUGCGCGGCCUUGGAAAUCAUCCCCGUUUCAACA